AUUAAACAAGUGUAGCGGAGUCGCUAAGCGAUUUGGAUUGAUUCAUUGAAGUGUUGAAGAAAUCAGGCGAAAAUAACAAAUAAAUAAAUUUGUGCUCGAGAUAAGGCAAAUCAGAAUUUAAUUAUAGAAAGUACGUUCGAGGAAAGUCUCAAACGGUGCAUAAAUUCUAUGCAAAAUCGACCAUCAUACGACAACAAUAGACAUAAGCAAUACAACAACAACCGCGACAACCCAUUUAAAUGCAAAGUCGGGCGGUCUGACUGACGUAGUAGACCCACGAUUACACCGAAAUUAGAGAAUGUCAUUGAAGCUAAAGUAAAAUGUUUGUGAGAAACCUGACCACAAGUGUUAGUGUAAAAUUUUGUGCUAAGAAAUUAUAUAUGUGUGUCUGCGUACAGGAAAAAAAUUUGUGUGCUUUGAAAGUGAACCGUCUCGAGCGACCCAGCGAUUACGUAUCGAACGAACGACGAUUCACCAUUUAUAUGUAAAAUCCAACUAAACACAAUUACUUGAAACAAAAGUAAAGUGCUUCGAUAUCACAACUAUGACUGAGGAAAAUAAUAGUAAUAACGCCAAUAAGAACAGCCAGAAAGUGGACGACAGUGGCGGCGGUGGAGGUGUCUCCAUGGACAGCCGCCUGGCUGAGACGUACACGGAUGCGGUCACCAUGAAGCUCCACGCUGGACUGGAUGUAAAUAAGAAGCUGGCGCCCAUACUCACCAUCAACUCCGAUACGGAGGAGGGCUUCCUUUCGACGUCGCCGGACAGCAACCAGGGCGAGCAAUCGCUUCAUGGCAAAUGCAAUGGCAGCAGUAGCACCGCACUAAACGCCACUACGGGAUCGACAGACGCAGUGGUGCCGAUGCCACCGCCCGUUUGUCUCUGCACGAAUCCGGAGAACUGUGUGACGUUGAAGGAAAUUUUGGAUUCAUUCAAGUCACCGCUGUCCGAGGAGCAGGCCUGGGCGCUGCUGUACCAAUUCAUGGUGCUCUAUCGGCAGGUGGCUGCUGCUGGGCAGAGGCACAUCUUCAACGAUCUGGAGAUACCAGAGGGUAUUGAGAAUUUGAACUUGCAUCGCGACGGUGCAGUGCAUUGCUCGUGGUCCGAUGAGGAACGCAAGGAGAGGGAGCAGAAAAUACAGCAACAGCAGCAGAACAAAAAAGCUUCUGAGGAACACGAGGCGGUCACGGAGACGCAUGGUGAUGAUAAUCACGCGCUUCUGGUGGCUUCACAUAAAAAGAUCCUACGCAAAGUCGCAGUGAUCGUGUACACCGCCUUGGACUACAACCUGACAGUGGAUGAACAGUGUCAAAUGUCACAUGAGCUGGAGGAACUGAUCGCUUUCAUGACAGCAGAAGAAAACGAUGAUGACUGCAUCGAUGAGGGCAUUGAUGAGGGCCACCAACGUUGGGAUGAUGAGGGCGAUGAUGAGAAGUGGAAUGAAACCAAAGAAUUUGAUUUUGUGCUUGAGGCCUGUAAAAAUCACGUUAAGCCCACUGUACCUGAGGAGCAUUACAAGGCGGUCUGUCGUGCGCUGGUUACGGAAACAAUCGAGCUUCGGAUAUUCCUGCAGCAGGUCUUGAACGAUGGUGCCGACAAUCUCCAUUUAGAAGCCGGUUCACAAACAUCAAAACAGGAACUGGCCAAACUGGGCUUCAACGAUUGGCAUGAACUGGAAAUUUGGAGGGCCCUGCAAGCACGUUUCUGGGUCCAGGUGAUCGAUGAGCUGCGGCGCGGUGUUCGUCUGAAGAAAAACAAUUAUUCCCGCACACCCAUCGAGUACGAGUUGACACCGUAUGAGAUACUCAUGGAGGACAUACGAUCCAAAAAGUACCAGCUGCGCAAAGUGAUGGUGAACGGUGAUAUUCCUCCACGCGUGAAGAAAGAUGCCCACGCCAUGAUAUUGGAGUUCAUCAGAUCACGGCCGCCGCUCAAAAAGGCGUCCGAACGUAAACUACCGCCACCCAUUAAACGCACACCAUCGCCGCGCGAACAACUCAUGGACUCGAUACGAAAGGGACAAACACUGAAGCACAUACAACCGCCAACACCGCCCCGACUCAAGGAUAGAUUGCUCCCACCAACCACAACACUAAUGACAACAACAACGUCAGCAACAACAUUGAACCAUUCAUCAUCGUCUGCAACAUUAAAAUCCGCAGCAGCAGCAACAACAACAGCGCCAGCACAUGCAACGGUGAAUGCACUGAAAUUAACGGAGAACGUGGAACCGCAUCUGACGCCGCGCUCCAAGCAGCGGCUAAUCAAAGUGGAUUUCUCGCUGUUGCAGGACGAUGACAAUUUCUUUGAUGAGCCGUCGUCAACUGUCAGAUAUGGCAACUGUCACAGCGCACAUGUCGGGAUCUGCUCGCAGCCACAAAUGCCUCCCUACCCGAUCGGCGGCUACAUGACGCUGGGUGCUGGCUAUGGUGGGCCAGCGAGCGCCGUGCCCAAUGCCAACGUGAAAGCACACGGACCAACAACGCAGUUGCCGUCAGCGCUGACUUCACGGGUGCUACGACGAACAAAGGACUCGUACACCGAGGAUGAGUACCAUAGGUUCUUCGACAACGCGCUGGAAUCUUACGAUCUCGCCACACAAUGCGAGUCGCGGCGCGCCUCGUUACGUCGCCACACAAUCGUCGGCUGCCAGAGCAACUUCGACGAGACUCAUUCCAUGCCGCCAUCGAGGCCCGAAUCAAGGCAGUCGGAUGUGAGUUCUGUCGCUGCUCCAGGCGAUGGCGCAGACGCAGUUGCAGGCACAACCAAACAGCUACACAACAAUUAUAAUCAAAAGCAACAACAACAUCUGAAGCGCUCCCAAAGCCCUGGUACAGGCGGAGGCAGCCAUAGUACACGUGCCGGUGGCGAGAGCAGCGGUUGCAGCCGUUCGUCAUCCUCGGUUGGCCCAUGGAGCAGGUCCUUUCUUGAUGAGAAAACUUGGAUCGAACGCGGUGACGAUCGUCUCUCGUUGACGCUGGAGGAGAUCGUGCACAUACGUUCGGUGAUGACGAAGGCCGAGCUGGAAGGACUGCCUGUGGGUGUGCGUGUCAAGGAGGAUGUCGAAAAGCGCAAAGUCUGCUUCCUGUGCCUACGUACACGUUUCUCCAUAUUCGGGCCUUGGGGCAUACAAUGCAAAUUGUGCCAACGCACGGUCUGUUCCAAAUGCUAUACGAAGAUGAGAAUACCAACGGAGCAUUUCCGCAAUGUGCCGCUUGUCUUGAUUUCACCCUCAUUGCUUGCCAGUCCGGCUGGCUCCAGCACGCCAUCACCAUCGCAUCACGCUCACCAUACACACUCGUCUUCGACAGGUAACAUAUUGGACGAGACAUUCCCAAAAUCGUUAAUUGAGCGUCUGUUGCGUUCCGAGUCAGAGCGUAAGACUCGCAACACGGUGGGUAGCGCUCCAUCAUCGCCAAAACACCAAAGAUCCAACACCAGUACACCUGGAACGAGCCACAUCAUGGCCACGCGAUCGGGUACCUGUGCCACUGGACAAGCCAUCGAGGCGGACGAUGCUUCCGCAGUGACGUCUUCUUAUAACAGUAAUCUGGCAAAUGGCUCUAACAGUAAUAUGUACGCCAAUAAUAACAAACACAUCAACAUAAUGUCACGCAGCAUGGAGGGACCGCGCAGUUUGCCUGCCAACAGUCCUGCGCGCGCGCAUUCCAACAGCAGCACUUUGGACCGGAAAACGAAAUUUUCGCGAGCCUUCACACUCUCCGCUUCGGGCACUCAACUCAGUCAGGAGCAGAAGGAGAAUAUGCGCGGUGAGCUGGUCACCGUUUGCAACGACUGCAAGGGUCUUGUCAUGGAGAUCACGCGCUCAUCCAAGCAGACGCGCUCCUCAGCGCGCAAUCGGGCUCUGCAAAACCUCACGCUCGACCUCUCCCCGGUCUACAAGUGAAAAGGAGCCCCAGGCGCGGCAACGAGCCGGCCAUGCGUAACGCGAACAGGCCGUGACCGCCGAAAACAGCUGACGUUGAAAUAAACGCUGUUGUUGUUGGUGCACACGCGGUUGAUGAUAACUAGAUCCUACUGCACUUCCAAACCACUCUUCCCUUGAAAGCGUAAUUUUACAUAGACAUACGAACACUUUCUGAGCCGACGCCUACACACGCCGUACAGGAAAGUGUGCACCACUGUUUGUAAAUAAAAAACAACUAAGCAAUUUAUUGAAAUGUUCGAACUAAGUUUUUAAACAACAAUAACAAAAGGCGGAGGCAGCGCUCCGUGUUGCAAUGUUUGAUAAAAAUUAUUAUGUUCCAAGAAUGCACCCCACCAUUACAUUGUAAAAAAUAAGAAACUUAUUGAUGUUCGAAAAAGGUACAUAUGUAUGUGUAAACCUACAGUUAGCGCGCUGAUAUGUGAAUAGUUUGCUUUUGAUUUGAGUUUCGCGCAAGCGUUCUUGGAGGAGUCGCUCCCCGAAACCGCUUAAAGCUUCGCAGAGUACGCAGCUCGGCAAGGCGCAACAUAAGGCAAGCUGUUGAAUGCCUUGCAUAUAAGUGGAUGUCUUAGGGUAUUAACUGUUUGGAACGAAGAUUCUGCGUAAAUUUGCUUUAAAGUUUGAUACGAUCGCCAAGUUUCUUUUAGUUAGUUUUAUUUAUUUAUUCAAAUUCGUUUGCAAAGCUUUCUUUCUUGUUUUACUUCAUAGAAUUAUAGAAUUUAGGCGCGGCGCUGCUGGAAGUUUCUCUUCCGUUGCGGUCACACACCGACAACGUUUCUUUUUUAUAAAUAUUUCAUUUUGUGAUACGGAGGAGUACUCCUUCCACCUUUCUAAUUAUAAUUCUUCUAAUUAAUAUUUUUUACGCGCGAUUUUCAUUGCCCCCCAAACAUGAAAAAUCAUGAAUAUGGUUGUGUGAGAACUUGUACAAAAACAACUGAUUUCUAUAAGUUGUUCGGACUUUCUUUGUGUGUUUUUUUUUUUUCUUUUUUGUUUUUGUUUUGUUCUUGCAUUUUCAAUCAUAUUGAGAAUUACAUAUAUUUAACGCUAAGUUUAUAAUUUUCCUUUGUUCUGUUUUCCUUAUUUUGACAUGACAUCUGUUCUGCAAAUAAAACUAAUGUUUGUAUACAUACAUACACACGUGAUAAUGCUACGAACACUUACCAAUAACUGUACUAUUAAAAUAUUAACAAUUUAGUUUUAAACGUAACAAAAAGGUCAAUGCAUAUUUACCGUUUUCACAACUAAACAAUUUAAACAUAAUUUGUACUAUACACUUUACAAUUUUGAUCGCAUAAUUUAAUAUGCUGCGUUAGCACACAUACACAUACAAAUACAUAUACAUAAUAAUGAUGAUUGCAAAUGGACCAAUGUCCCCAUUACUAUUAAUAUAAACAUUACCAUUAACUUUAACAUAUUUAUACUUGUAUACAAACGUACAUACAUACGCUAUAGUUUAGAACCAACACACACACAUACAUUAAUAUAUUUUGUCAAUCUGCUUAAUUUUAGUUAGUAAUUUCUAUAUACUUAUGUAAUUUAUGAUAAUUAUAGUUCAUAGUGGUCUUAACCCUGCUUUCGAUUGCAUAUAUUUUUUGUUGUUUUGGAGCACAUUUUACGUUUUAAGUAUCGAUUCAAUUUGGUAAAGCGCCACGGCUUCAAGGAUAAGAUAUUAUUUGUAAAAAUAUUAGCAACACACACAACUAUAUAAGCUAUAUACAUAUAAUAAAAGCUAAUAAGCCACAAAUGUACAAAGAAAAAUUACAAAAAAAUAAACAACAAUUGUAUGGAAGAUUUGCAGCAAACACAGUGGGCUCUUGUGGAGGCUACAAAGCUCGUUUCGGAAAUGUAUGCGUGUAAUAGAAUAUUCAGAUAUGUAACUUCGCAAGCCUACAAACAUACAACCAUAGUUAUAGCUAAAAUUUCACAUGUCAUCAUAGCUAAAAUCAUUUUUACUUAUUUUGCAAUAUUUUCAACACACUUGUCUACCUAUUUCCACCGUAAAUUUUACCAAACGCCGACGCCUUGUUUCCGAAGCGAGAUUUGUUGCCCUGCAAGCGCCCAAUUCUGAAGCGAACGAUUAAGCAUUGUAACGCACUCCACUGCUAGUUUAUCCAAUGUUAAAGAAAAAGUAAAUUAUAAAAUUAUGUUCUGCUUUCAACAGCAUGAAUUGAUGCAUAUGUACAGUAUAUCGUUGUAUAGUUAAUAGGACCCUUGUGCAUCUGUAAACUGAUGUGCUAAGAUGCGGUGGAAAGCCAAACCAAUAUCCAGCGGAAAUGCACUUGUUGCUAUUAAUUCAUUUAUGUAUUAUUUGAACACAUACAUACGCGCAAGCAAGCGUCGAACACAUACAAGCACACACACAUAUAUAUAUAUGCGUGUAUAGACAUUAUACAAACUAAUUUUAUAAAGUAUCCCCAAGGAUUAAGUGUUUACAAGAGCAGCAGCACCAAAAUAGAUUUAAACUAAAGAAAUCAAAAUAAAAAGAUCAACAAUUAAAA